AUGGCAUUGGUGCAGCCGCCGCUGCUGGUCCUGGGGGCGACCGCCCUCCUCCUUCUGGGGGGCUGCUCUGGUGAAGACUGCAGGGAUGAAGGAGAUGAAGACCUCUGCAGCCCUUUCUGCUUCCUCAAUGAAUUCCAGUGCCAGAACGGGCAAUUCGUCCCUGAGCUUUGGACCUGUGAUGGGUAUGACGACUGUGGUGAUGACAGCGACGAAGCUGGCUGCCCUUGCCAGUUCUUCCAGUGCAAGAAUGGGCACCGGGUCGAGGAGAGCGAACUCUGCAAUGGAGAUGACAACUGUCGGGACGGCAGCGACGAAGCUGGUUGCGCCUGCACUGACAGCCAGUUCCAGUGCACCAAUGGGCGCUGUGUGCCCAUCGAACUGAGCUGCGACGGGUUUGACCACUGCGGAGAUGACAGUGACGAAGCCAACUGCAACUGCACCGAGUCCCAGUUCCAGUGCCGGAACGGGCGCUGCAUUUACGAGUUUUGGACCUGUGAUGGAGUUGACCACUGUCUGGAUGACAGCGAUGAAGCCAACUGUACUUGUGCCAGUGACCAGUUCACAUGCAAGAACCAGCGCUGCGUCCCUGAACUUUCGGCCUGUGAUGGGGAAGACAACUGUGGGGACAACAGCGAUGAGAACAAUGCCCUCUGUGCUGUUCAGGGCUCCACCGCACUCUCUCUCUUCUAUUUCCGCACAGUAGUGACCAAAUUUGACCAGGGAUUGCCCCGUUUCAUAGAAGUGGGCUACAUGGAUGAUCAGCCCAUCGAGUACUUUGACAGCCACACCAGAAGGGUGCUCCCUCGGGCACCCUGGAUGGAGGAGAAUCUGAAUGAGCAGUACUGGAACGAACAGACCGACCUUGUGCACGUUAACGAGAGGUGGCUCCGAGAUUACCUCUUGAUUCUGCAGAAUCACUACAACCAGACUGGGGAGUUUCACACCUUCCAGUGUGUCCAGGGCUGUGAACUGAGUGAAGACCAGACCAAAAGGAGGUAUUAUCACCGGGAAGCUUAUGACGGGAGGGACCUCGACAGAAGGGCCCAUGAGGAGACGGGUCACUGGAAAUACUUCCGCCACGAGGACUGCAUCGAAGAGCUGAAGGAAUACCUGGACUAUGGGAGAAAAGCUCUCCAGAGGAAAGAGUCCCCAAUAGUGAAAAUGAUGCACAGAAAGGGCAACGCCAGUCUGGAAACCCUCGUCUGCCGGAUCUAUGGCUUCUACCCCAAGCGAAUCAAGGUCACCUGGAGGAAGGACGGGGCAGUUCGGGAGCAGGAGACUCUCCGUGGGGGUGUCGUCCCCAACUGGGAUGGGACCUUCUACACCUGGCUCAGUAUCCAGAUCGAUCCCCAGGACCGGGACCACUACCAGUGCCAUGUGGAACACGUUGCCCUGGAGCAGGCUGACUCAACAUGGCCCAUUGUGGCGGGCGUCUUGGGGGCUGUGGCUGCCCUUCUGCUCCUGGCCGGGAUCCUUUGGUACAUCACAAGGGCCCGAGUGUCUGCCAACAACCUCAGAGCGUGA